AUGACGAAGGCGAGUCGUCGAGAGGAGAUUCGGCGUCGAGACGAAGGCGAUUCCGGCGAUUUGUCUUACCGCGACCUUUCUCCUCGACCUCACAACAAGUCUGGGUUUAGAAGAAGAACGAACUUGCUUCCUACAAAGCCUGAAAGAUGUCCGACGGAUUCUUCCGGGAAGAAGCAAUAG